AUGCCGAGGUUUCUAGGUCUCAAAACGUACUUAACUACAAAUCGUUCAAAUAUCAGCAAACAGGAUGCCGCAAAAAUUCGCCGUUCUCGUCUGGGCAAGAAUGGGAUUUUACGAGAAGAUGUAGCCGAUAGACUAAAGUGUCCGCUUUGUUUUUGUCUGCCGUGUUUUCUUGGAAUUGCUGUCAUGUUGGUGUUUACUGUUGCGUAUGUUACCAAUCCUUAUAUGCGAGGUAUGGCCGGAAUGAAUCCCGAACUGUCUGUACCAGUGUAGGUUGUGUCAAUAAUAUGAAGCUUUCGUUGGUUGGGAUGCAUCUAUCUGAAAAAUAUAAGGAGAAUUUCGACGUCGAGCGAGGCUCUCGUCAGUAACUCCAGACGAAGGCCUUCUCGCUCAAAUGGACCAUUUGCAUUAUAGACGAAAUUUUGAUCUAGACAAAAAUUUCAUCACAGCUCGAAAGAGAAUCACACAAUUAGUAAUAUUCCAAAGUUUCGUUGCGAAAUGUUGUAAAAUGCGGUUAAUAUAUAGCCUUGCGAAGUUUGCCGUUCUUCAGUCAUUUUGUAUUACAAACGGGAAAUUGACAGUUUGUAAUACAAAAUGACUGAAAAUUGCAAAUUUCGCAAAGGCUAUAUUAUCCGCAUUUUACAACAUUUCGCAACGAAACUUUGGAGUAUUACUAAUUUUGUAGCUUUUUGUGAUGCUCUUUCAAGCCGUGAUAAAAUUUUCGUUUAGAUCAAAAUUUAGUCUAUAAUGCAAAUGGUCCAUUACUGGGGACCGUUCAUUGUUUAUACCCGGGGUUGGUACGAAGAGAAGCGAAAACAAUGUAAUUUUUUUAUUAACCCAACCUCAACAUUGGUCAAAAUGAUGUUUACUCAACCCAUGUGUUACUGUACUUCAUAAUGAUUAAACACAUACCCACCAGGUACACGACGUUGUUUCAACUUUGAAAUUUGGUAGAAAAAAGGUUGCGACGUCGACAACUAAUAUCUACGUAGCUCUGACGUUGUCAUUUACAAACAUUGGUCCAACAGCAGCCUACAGACGUUGAAUUAACGUUCAUUCAUGGUUAAAUGUACGACGUCGAUUUGUGAACCAAUCUCAACGUUGUUUUAACGUGGAUUCAACGUUGAAUUAUGGUUGACGAGAUUGGCAACCUAAUUCCAACGUUGUUUCAACGUCGAAACAGUAACGUCGAUCCAAUUUGCAUAGUCAACCCUUUUUCAACGUCUAUCCAACGUUUGGAAGGUCAUUUCUAACGUUGAUUCAACGUUGGAUAAAUGUCAUUUUGCCCGCUGGGUAAGAUUAUGGUGACAGAAAUCAAGUUGCCUAAAUUCUAAAAACUCACUCACACUCAAACUCACUGAGUGUGCCAAAGCAAUCACGUUUCUGCUGAUCAAUGAUAGAGUCCUAGAGUUCUUCAUUAUUUUAUAGCUGACAGACGGCCAUAACUUUUUUACCCAACCGAUGAGCUAGUCAGAACCUUGAUUACCCAACCCAUAUCUCUUCGGUACUAAUCCCGGGUAUAAAUUAACAAUGAACGGUCCCUUAAAAACGUCGAAAUUCUCCUUAUGAUAUUUUCAGGCAGUAAUAUCCCUACCAACGAAAGCUUGUUCGAGAUACGGAAUAAGUUGUUACAUUAAUGGAUGUGUGAUACAGUGUUUAUUAAUGCUUGUGUCUUUCGACAAGUUGUGUUCGCACUGAUUGUUCCCAGUUGUUGAAACAAACUUGUAACAAGUUCGAUGGCAACAUCAGACUUGCUACAAGGUUGUUCUAACAAGUCCGAUAUACAGUCAUGAUACAACAAGAAUGUUAUACAAGGUUGACGACACAAGGUUGUAACAAUAUUGUUAUAUCGUGACUGUAUAUAUAGUCAACAACUUGUCAUCAGGAUUUGUUCGUACUGCUUGUUCCCAGCUUGUUGACAAGUUGUCAACGGCUUGUUGACAACUUGCUACAAGGUUGUUGAGCUCAACAGACUUGUUACAAGUUGUUCCAACAACUUGUUAUCGUCCUGCAAUUCAACAAUUUGUCAACAAGUUGUGAGUGACAACCUUGUAGCAACUUGAUAAAUUAAAUAACGGCAUUAUUACAACUUGUUGACAAGCUUGCUACAAGCCUGUUGUGCGAACACAUCUUGUUGACAAGUUAAUUGGUAGGUUUUUUCGUGCGUAUAUCGGACAGUCGGACUUGUUGGAACAACCUUGUAACAAGUCUGAUAAUAUCAACAAGGUUGUUACAAGUUGUUAACAAGUUGUUCCAUACUUGUUGACAACUUGUGACAAGCAGUGCGAACACAACUUGUCGACGGCUUGUUGGCAGACUUGCUACAAGAUGUGAGAUUUUUACGUGUGACAGUCAUGUACACACGUAAAAAUCUCACAUCUUGUAAAAAUCUCAAGUCUGCCAACAAGCCGUCAACAAGUUGUAUUCGCACUGUGUGUCACAAGUUGUCAACAGGUUUGAAACAACUUGUUGACAACUUGUAACAACCUUGUUGAAAUUAUCAGACUUGUUGCAAGGUUGUUCUGACAAGUCAGUUACAUGCUUGAUAUAACAAGAUUGUUACAACCUUGUGUUGACAGCCUUGUAACAUCCUUGUUAUAUCAUGGCUGUAACAAACUUGUUAGCACAGUCUUGUAACAAGGCUGAUAAUGCCAUCAAUCUUGUCACAAGUUGUUAACAGCUUGUUACAACAAAUUAACUGGGAACAAGCAGUGCGAACACAACUUGUUGACAAUUUGUGAACAGACUUAUAACAACUUGUUUGCAGACUUGUAGUUGUUACAAGCUGUGCGUUUUUACGCGUGUAUAAGAUUAUUCAUGGUUUUACUCUUAUUGUAGGUUUGAACUUUAAGAAGACAGAAUGUACAGUUCAGAAAGUUGAAAUGUCGAAGAAAGGAAGCUGCAGUUUGAAAACGGAACGAUUUACUCCUUGUUAUAAAAUUAUAGUAAGUGGUCACCGUACAUUCAAGCGACGAUUUCAUCGGUUUUUGACUAUAUAUACGCGUAAAAAUCUCACAUCUUGUAUACACACGUAAAAACGCACAAGUUGUUACAGGUCUGCAAACAAGUUGUUACAAAUCUGUUCACAAGCUGUCAACAAGUUGUGUUCGCACUGCUUGUUCCCAGUUGUUGUAACAAGUUUGGAACAAGCUGUUAACAACUUGUAACAAGCUUAAUGGCAUUUAUCAGACUUGUUACAAGGUUGUUCUAACAAGUUUGAUACAGUCACGAUCAGUAGAAAUAUUGUUACAACCUUGUGUCAACAACCUUGUAACAUUCUUGUUAUAUCAUGACUGUAUCAGACUUGUUAGAACAACAUUGUAACAAGUCUGACAAUUUCAUCGGUAUUUGAUUGCCGGGCAUCUUAGCGCGAGUAGAAUAUUAUAGAUACGAGGUUUUUAUCGGUUUUUGACUAGACUGGAGUAUUGACAAGAUUAUUCAUAUUGGGUUUUUUGGACGCUCUCUGGACCUCUGCUUUAAAAUAUUUAUCUCACAAGCUUUCGACUCGUAAGUUUCAAAAUGUUUUACAGGUUAAAUACAACACAACGAACGAAAUCAUGAUUUCUGUUUUGAUGGAAAAUGAGCAGACCCUCCACCAUUGCGAAAAGGUAAUUAAUGCUUGGAUAAAAAACAUUUCUUUAAUAUGGUUUCAAGGAUUCCUAUAUGUAUAAUGUAUUUCAUCUUAAACUACAGUGUUCCUACACGUUUGGGAAAGGCAGUUUAUUCACCAAGAACAAAUGCUCAAAUCCACGCGUUUGUUUGGAAGCAAAUCACGAAAAAUAUGGAACAGUAAGUCGAGAAAAAAUACAGUAUGGAACUCCAGCCAUACAUAAACACACCUUCUAAGGCUGUUUUACACUUCAAAGUUUCUGUGAUCACAGUAUACAUUUUGCACAUGUAAAUUUUAAGUUUUGAAGAGUUCGUGGUAACUGAUUCAGUGUUAAACAGUGAACUACACCAGAAGAUCUUGUCCGGAUAUAUGACAUUGUACUGUAUACUACAGAAUUUAACCAACAGUGAGCCAGUACUCUCAAAGAUAUCUUACAAAUUCUUUACAAGUUUGUUAAUAAUCAUUUUUGUCAUUUAUAGAUAGAUACAAAAUAUUCAUGUUUUUAUGAUCCAGCGACUCCAGAAGACGUUUUCAGAGAAUACAAGGUAUAGAGGAUCAUCUAUCGUUGCCACAAAAUUCAUCGGUUUGUUAGCACACGCGUAAAAACGCACGAGUUGUCACAAGCUGUUAACAACUUGUAGCAAGCUUGAUGGCAUUACUGACACAACCAUGAUAUACCAAGAAUGUUACAAGGUUGACGACAGAAUAUUGUAACAAUAUUGUUAUAUCAUGCCUGUAUCGGACUUGUCGGAACAACCUUGCAACAAGUCUGAUAAUAUCAACAAGCUUCUUACAAGCUUUUUAAACGACUUGUACAAUAUUGUUAUAUCAUGCCUGUAUCGGACUUGUCGGAACAACCUUGCAACAAGUCUGAUAAUAUCAACAAUUAGGUUCUCACAAGUUGUUCUAAACUUGUCGACAACUUGGGACAAGCAGUGCGAACACAACUUGUUGGCAGACUUGCUACAAGAUGUGAGAUUUUCCAUGUGUAGAUACCUUUCACUAAUCAUUCAAACAUCCAGACUUUUACUAGGUUAUAAGAAAGAAAGUGUUUAGUUAACUAACAAUGUUACCAAGUAACCAUUUUGCGCCUAUAUAUACUUGUUUCAGAUUUCUCGUACAGAAGCGAUCUACCAAACAUCGCUGUCAGCAAUAUUCAUCUUUCUUUUCAUUCUGGCAUUUCUCUUUGUCCAGUACGACGAGCUGAAAAGACGGUAG